GAAGCAAAUCCCAAGUAACAUGUUAAUAUAUCUUGAUGCACAUUUGUUUUUACUUUGCUUCAGGUUCGCAUGCAGUGACGGAGAUUUCAUCAAUGUCACCUCCAUUUUCUUGGUGAACCUACCUUUCCCUCUAAGUGGCCUUGCAUAUGGCCAUUGGGUGCUGAUCGCCUCCAUGUCUUUGGUACAUUCUGAAGGAGAAGAUUACUGGUCGAGAAAGCCAUUUAUCUUAUUGAAGAAACUGGCAAGGAUUUUUUGUAGUCUCAUGGUUCUGCUAGGAAGAUACCGUUGCUACCAGGGACAUAGGCGUUUCAAAGAAAUAUAUGGCUUGUUUUAUUUUUGGCCCUUUCUUCCCAGCCAUUGGAUAUGCACUUAAGUUCCCCAACCAGAAGCAUCUCCCUGUCCGUGUAACCAAUAAUAUUUUGGAAGCAGAAUGUACUCAGGAUCAGAAUGGAAAAUUUUGGUUUUCGAAAGCGAUGUCCCACUGUACAUGGUAUGAGAGUUUGAGCAGAAACCUGGGGUUAGCUCCUUGCCUACCCCAGGAAUUGUACACUCGAACUAUCUGAACAUGUUUUUUCUGUCUUUUAGAUAGCAUCCUGCAGCUAACAUUUCUGAAUUCCAGCAUUGGUAUCAUUAAGCAUUUUAGUUCUACCCCAUAUGGACAUUAGUUUACUUUAUGUUCUUAUGACGUACCUUCUAGAAUCAAA